GAAAAAAAUUUUUUGUCGCAAAUUGGGCAAAGCAGACUUUUGUGACCAUCUCACAAACUGUUCUUAAAUGGGGGGUUUUUUUUACACAGUUUAUUUUCAUCAUUAUCUUCCCUAUCUUUUCAACGGCUCACGCAAAGAAGAAGAAGAAGAAAAAACAUCUCGUCAUUAUGGCAAUCCCACUCUCGAAACGUCGUAAAGCUGAAUUAAUAGAACUUGCAACAAAGUUGGGCCUUGCCACUGAUGGACGGCGUGAAGACAUUGCUGAUAGGAUCAGAGAUCAUAUUACAAAGCAUGGAUCGUCCGAUCCUUCGCUCCAUGAACUAACCCAUGAAGGCAAUCCAAAAGCCAACAGCCGUCGGUCGACUGAGAGCAACCGCUUGGCGAGCCUGUCAUCUGCUAAUGACCUUAGUGAUGAUACCUCUGAAGGGACUCAAACUUACUCUCGACGCUCUUCGCCAAGGAAAAUAGCCACUACCAAACAUGAUUCAGAUUCAGAGAGUUUAGAAGACCUAUUGCCGGAGUAUCAGGCGAGAGACUUUAUGGGAAGCUUGCAUUCAGAAGUCCAAGCAGCUGUAGAAAAGGCAUACUCGCUAGAACAUGCAUUGCACGACAAGUUCCAAUCAGGCAAGGCUCAGUUUCGGAGAGCAUCUAAGGACUUGACCUCCACUAUUUCUCAUGCGGUCGAUGGUGUCGUGGACGCAGUGAAUAGUAGCGUUGGCAGAGGGUUUAAUAGCAAUGAACGGGAUAGGGGUAAGGCUCGCCGUAACUCUCGUUACUAUGAUGACGAUGCAAAAGAUGGCGGCAGCCAUCGCCGCUAUGGACGCCGUCGCCACCGUGUUAACCUUGAAGACAAGAGCAAGAGCUACUUCGUGCGGAUCUUUGAAAGGGUCAAGCACCACUUUGAGGAAUAUCCAGGAAUCCAUGGAUUUUCCAUCUGUAUGUCCCGAGGCGUGCAGAGAGUGCAUGAUGUCGGUUCCACUAGCACAGGCUUUGUUUUUAUUACUUUCCUGUUUGAAUUUGCCGUGUAUUUGUCUGCAGCUUUCUCUCACCAAUGGCACAAGGAUGAGGAUGAUCAGCCAUCUUUCUUUGGGACCUUGAUGAACUGGCCCGACUUCUUAUUACCAUUCUUUUGUUACUACAGCUCACUUUUCGUUCUCCCAACGCUGCUUUCACAACUGUUCAACGUUGAUGUGGCCCGUAAAACGGACGCUGAGCUUGAUGCUUCUCAGUAUGCGAUGACUGGCCUUUUGUCGCGUUCCACGACUUCAGGUCUCUCAUACUUUGCCUUCAAGUUUGCAUUAACAUACUGCUUGAGCCAAUAUGGUUUACAUCACCAUCAUGUCCAUCAUCAGUACCCGGCUGUGAAUGUGACCUCGCGGUUGACAAAUUUAGCCAAGGAUGCAGCCGAGACAGUAGCGAUGUAUGCAGGAAUGGGUGAACAACAGAACCAUUAUCUUUUUCAUUGGAUGGCUGUACCUCAAUAUGCUGCAGAGGUGUUCCGUUUCGUCCCUGCGAGUCUCAGUUUAGCCACGUCGGGGGUUGGAACGAUCUUGGCCCUUGCAGAAAUCGUUGUUAAAAGGCAUAUAUGAGUUAUUUUUCCUUUGAUCUUAUUUUAUUUAUUUUUUAUGGAUGCAGACGGCUCCUUUAAUGGUCGAUACUCCACCUUUAACAGAUAUAAAUAAAG